UUCUCCAUCGAGCAGCUAUAUGAACCCUUGCCAACGCCUGCAUUUUUUAAUCUUAUCAAUCUACUCCUCACUGAUCUUUGCCCUUGUCGUUCAGUUGUACAGCUUUGUCUGGUGCUAACGGCAUAAACAAUGGGUUUCUCUAUCACGAACCUGACCUCGGGCUUGUCCCGCGGCGAGAAAGGUCCUACCACAACCGACAACGAGAGGAUUGGUCCCAACGAUGAGGAAACCAACUCCAGGGACUAUGAGAAGCGGGCGGCCGAUGAGGCUCGUGGACCUAACUCUUCGGAGGAGGAGUUGAACAAGAUCGAUACUACGGAGGAGCGCGGUACGCAAGCUAUGCAAGCCAUGGUCCACGUUUGGACGAAGAAGCAAUUGAUCCUUUGCUACAUCUUUGUUUGGCUCAUCAAUUUCGUGUUCGCUUUCGGUGGUGGUAUCUUUGGCACCUUGACGCCCUACAUCACCAGUUCCUUCGGACAACACUCUCUGACUGCUUUGACCGAUGUUAUCGCCGGUUUGAUCGCUGGUAUCUUCAAGCUACCGUUCGCCAAGAUCAUGACUAUCUGGGGCCGACCUUUUGCUAUGGUCCUCGCCGUCACGCUCGCUACCCUUGGUGUAAUCAUGAUGGCCGGAACCAACAACGUCAAGACCUACUGCGCUGCCAAGGUCUUCUGGUACGUCGGUUAUAAUUGUGUUGACUUCACCGUUGUCGUCUUCACUGCCGAUACCUCGAAGCUCAAGAAUCGAGCCUUGAUCAUUGGUUACUUGUCCUCCCCCUACUUGAUCACAACCUACACUCAAGGAUAUGCUGUUACCGACAUCCUCGAUGGAAUCGGUACCCGCUGGGGCUUUGGAAUCUUCGCCAUCUUUAUCCCUCUUACCUGCAUCCCCUUCAUCACCAUGUUGUACUACAACGAGAUCAAGGCUCGCAAGCAAGGUCUCAUUCAACCCGUUCCUAGCCGUGGAAACGUGUCCCAGACUAUCGUCUACUAUCUCAAGGAAUUCGACGUUGUCGGUCUGCUUAUCCUUGCCACCGGUCUCGCGAUUUUCCUAUUGGCAUUCAACAUCUACUCCCUGCAGGCUAAACAGUGGGAGUCUCCAAUGAUCAUCUGCUUCAUCGUUUUCGGAGUCCUCCUCAUUGCCACCUUCGUAGUUUGGGAGAAGUGGUUUGCUCCGGUCAACUUCAUUCCCUGGCCUCUCCUCAAGAACCGAACCGUCAUCUUCACCUACAGCAUGGCUUUCUUCACUUACUUGGCAUUCUACGUGUGGGACAGUUAUUUCUACUCCCUUCUGAUUGUCCUGUUCAACCAGUCAAUCGUGCACGCAACUUACAUCAACAGCAUUUGGAGCAUGGGCAGCUGCUUCACCUGCCUCGUCUACGGUGUCUUUGUUCGUUACGUCUAUGGUCGCCUCAAGGUCAUCUCCGCCGUCUGGGCUGCACCACUCACCCUGCUUGGUUGCGGUCUUAUGAUUCACUUCCGUGAGCCCAACCAGGGUGUCGGCUACGUCGUCAUGUGCUACAUUCUCUUCUCCUUCGGUGCCGCCGUCAACGUUACCAACCAACAGGCCACUCUCAUGGCCGUCUCCAAGCAGGGAGACUUCCCAGCUCUCCUUGCCGGCGAAUCCAUGGUUAUCGCCAUCGGAGGUGCCAUUGGCUCCACCAUUGCCGGUGCCAUGUGGACUGGUAUCUUCCCCAAGAAGCUUCUGGCCAACCUUCCCGCCAGUGCUCUAGAUAACUUCGCAAACAUCUACGGAGAUAUUGAUGUGCAAUCUGGCUACCCCUGGGGAAGCCCCGAGCGCGAGGCUAUCAACUUGAGCUACUCUCAAACCCAAAAGCUCAUGCUUUCCGGCGCUAUGGCCGCUUACGCCUGCGCCUGGUUCAGCAUCUUCUUCUGGCAGGACAUUGACAUCAGGAAGAUGAAGCAGAGGACUCUUGGUCUCUUGUAAGAGACCUCACUUUUCCGACAUUCAUCAUGAAGGAACAUAAUAGGUGGUAUGCCGUCGCAGUCUGGGGCUGUGGCCGGCUUGAUUACAUUCGUUUUGGCUGUAUUUUGAAUACCUCAUAUCAACUUUUACUGUAAUGGCAUGGGGAUGUAGAUC